GCUUGGGCGUACCUAUGUGGCUUAAGUCGUUAUUCUCAAAAGUGUUCCCGAAUCUGUUCUCUUUCCCUAGUCGAAGUGUAGCACCGCACAUUCGCAACAGACGUCGUCGCCCGCGUUGGCCUAAAAGGUCCAAACCGCAUGAUUCGCGCCCGUCAAUCACAUUCGAAGAAACACACUUGCUACAGGCACAAUGGGCCCGAAAGAUUUUUCCCGCGGAGGCGGCAGGGGUGGUCGAGGAGGUCGUAACGGCAAGAAGAGGGAUAUGGGAAGAACAGAGUGGUCUAAGACAAAAGGAGACAAGCGGCAACGGAAUCAGGAUGAGCAGGCUGCGAAACGGCAACGAAUUGAUGAGGGCAAGCCCGAGUUACCGAUUCAUGCUACCAAGUUCAGCGACGAAGUCCUAGCAGCAGAAGAGAGAAGACCGAAGAAGAAAGUCGCAGUACUUAUUGGGUAUGCCGGAACAGGAUACAGGGGCAUGCAAUUUACUCACGAACAUAAGACCAUCGAAGGUGACCUCUUUCAAGCCUUCGUUGCAGCAGGAGCCAUCUCCAAAGCCAAUGCCGAUGACCCGAAGAAAUCCUCCUUUGUAAGAUGCGCACGUACCGACAAGGGCGUCCACGCCGCUGGCAAUGUCAUUUCCCUGAAAUUGAUCGUUGAAGACGAGGAUAUUGUCAAGAAGAUUAAUGACAAUCUGGCUCCGCAAAUACGAGUCUGGGGAUUUGAAAGGACAAUCAACAGCUUCAGCGCAUAUCAGUUGGUGGACUCGAGAAUAUACGAGUACUUGAUCCCUACGCACAGCUUCCUGCCACCGCACCCCAGCAGCUUUUUGGGCAGAGCUCUCGAGGAGUGGGCUGAGAAGGAAAACGAUAUAGAUGCCUACCGAAAAAGACAAGAAGAGGUCGCGGGAUACUGGGAGAAGGUCGAUGAAGAGAUGAUCAAGCCCAUACUGAUGGAAUACGAUGAAGAGACCAGGGCCAUAUUGGAGAAAGCGCUGUGGAUGAAGGCCGACAGAUCCGAAGCACCAAACAGCGAGCAACAGCCCCCUUCCGAUGUCGAGAUGGCCCCCAACCAGGAACUGCCCAAAGAGCAAACAGAAAGCGCCGACAAAAUCGAAGCACAAAAGAUCGAUCAACAGGUCUCGGGAGAUGCUGAAACCGAUCACAAUAAGCAAGAGUCCCAAGGACGGCCUGAAAAGAUGGAGGACGAGAAGCCACAAACUCAAGAGAACGUGGAUGUCGAGAACAGCGCAACGGAACCCAUCGAGAAAGUCUCUUCUGAGUCCAAGUCAUCACGGUCAGCGAUUCUUCAAGAAGCCAUGAAACGUCUUCGUCAAACCUACCUCACGGCUAAACGAGCGUAUCGCAUUCCACAAUCUCGCCUCGAUCGCAUUCAAGAGUGUCUCGAUUAUUAUAAAGGCACUCGCAACUACCACAACUUUACGGUCCAAAAAUCUUACAAGGACCCUUCGGCGAAGCGUUUGAUAAAGUCCUUCGUAGUCAAUCGGGAACCCAUUCUCAUCAACGGCACCGAAUGGCUCAGUCUCAAGGUUCAUGGCCAGAGUUUCAUGAUGCAUCAGAUCCGCAAGAUGGUGGGUAUGGUAGCAUUGGUGGUCCGGUGUGGCUGUGAUCCAAACCGAAUGUAUGAGAGCUUGGGUCCUGAGCCAAUCUCCAUACCUAAAGCACCUAGCUUGGGAUUAUUGCUGGAACGGCCUGUGUUCGACAACUACAACAAACGGGCGAAGAACGAAUUGGCCAAAGAACCGAUCGAUUUCGACAAGUUCAAAACUGAAAUGGAUGCGUUCAAGCAAGCUCAGAUUUACGAACGAAUGUAUCGUGACGAGGAAAACGACAACGUGUUUGGGAACUUCUUCAACCAUGUCGACAACUUCCCGAAUGAGACAUUCUUGUUCGUCACGUCGGGCGGCAUUGAGGCCACGAAGACUCCUAUUAAUGCACUAGACAAUACCAGUCAAACCGAGCAGGCGCUAGUAGAUGCAGACAUCACUGACGGUGAAAGCGACGUGGAUGAGACGGUCAAGGACAAUCAUGGCGACGAAGGUUGAAGGUUUUCCGUCCACGCUACCUAUCAAUACCGACUUCUGAGCUAUUUCUCGAUGUGCGACAAAGGGCUGAACGAAUGUGUCCCUCGAGCCAAUAAAUUCAAUUCUACAAGUAAUGCUUCGGCUCAGGCGCCCUUCAAGGUACCUCAAGAACUGUACUUGCCAAAAUGAUUUUCUGUUCCACGAUCAGCAAUGUCAGAUGGCGACGAGAUGACCCAUUCUAACUUACCGCAAUCUUCGAAGCUGUCUCAUGCUUCACGUUCUGAUAUUUGACACCACCUUGUCGACCGCUGGACUCUUCAAGGUACUGGUUAUAGUCAGGCGUUCCGGGGCUGUCAGUAUUGUCGGCAAGGAUGACCGUUCCUUUACGAAAUAUACCAGAUUCCUCGCACACUAUGAGAUCUGGUUUAUAGGAUUCCUGCCACUGGUCAAAGAAGGCGACGUCGACCUUAUCCACAGUAUGCGAAGUCUUGAGUGCGCGGAUGUUGUCGGCCGCUGGACCCUCCAAGACAGUGACGAUGUCUUUCAGCCCAGCAAGGUCGACCAGGUCUCGUGCAAUGGCUGCGAAUUUCGGGUCCAGCUCCAUUGCGAAGACCUUGCACUGGCUUUCCUCACCAGGGUUCAGCGAUUUCAAAAUGUCGCCCCAGCCGAUGGCUGACAUGCCGACAUAUGUACCCAAUUCGAUGAGGGCCUUUGGGGGCGGGUUCAUCUGUGCCAGCAGCUCACGACAUUUGUUGAUCUUGACCUCUCCGAAGGUGAUCAUGCGUUUCUUGGCUGUGUAUUCGCUUAUGGCGGCAAGGACCGCCUUUGGAUUGUUGCGCAGCGAUGUCUCCAAGUCUGGUCGCGCGAAGAUGUAUUCGCGCAGACCUUCUUCACGGCCAUCAUCGAACUAGUCAAAUUUUCAGUACGGAAUCGUUGGGCUAAGAGCGACGGAGGGAGAAACGUCGCCGAGAUACGUUACAUACCCCGAAGGACUUCAACCUGUCCUGGUGCGGUGGUGCGGACGCAGUUGAGGCUGCCAUCUUAUGCGCCUGCCGAUUUAGAGAAGGUUUGAGUUGACUGCCUGAAGCCUCUCGCGGAUAACUGACGAAGGCAAGGCUGUGGUGGUGUCCCGAGCCUUGUCUCUGGUAGGAAGUUGUCUGGCGAGGCAAAGGAAAUGCUAAAUAGCGACCACGAUGACGUGGAGUACGCGCAAGCACUGUUUGAGAGUAUGACGAGGAAUGCUUGCCGAGCAAGGUCAUCUGAAUCCGAAUUCAGAGUUGUGUUCUUGACCUCUGGAGGCUAUGAGGGUGGUAUAUUCCCCGUAUAUAUACACUCUCGACACGUAAGCGUUCGGCCGACUAAGAGCGAGUUGAAACCGAGCUCGGUCAACUGUUGUCGCAGUG